CCGCACCCCUGGGUCCCUUAGCCGAAGCAAGCUCUCCCCGGACCCAGGCCCCACCAGCACCGUGCCAUCCGGACCCCCCUUCCCAGCGCUCGCCGGGAAGAUGGAGGAUGUGGGGGCCGACUUCAACCUGAAGGUGGUGCUGGUCAGUUUCAAGCAGUGUCUCAACGAGAAGGACGAGGUGCUGCUGGACCACUACAUCGCCAGCUGGAAGGGGCUGGUCAGGUUCUUGAACAGCCUGGGCGCCGUCUUCUCCUUCAUCUCCAAGGACGUCGUCUCCAAGCUGCAUAUCAUGGAGCGGCUGCAGGCCAGCCCCCAGCGCGAGCACUACGUCAGCCUGCAGUCCAUGAUGGCCUACGAGACAGGGAACCAGCUGGUGGACGUGGACCGCCGCUCCCGCCACCCCGACUCGGGCUGCCGGACGGUGCUGCGCCUGCACCGUGCCCUGCGCUGGCUGCAGCUCUUCCUGGAAGGCCUGCGCACCAGCGCCGAGGACGCCCGCACCUCCGUGCUCUGCACCGACUCCUACAACGCCUCGCUGGCCGCCUACCACCCCUGGAUCGUGCGCCGGGCCGUCACCGUGGCCUUCUGCACCCUGCCCACGCGCAAGGUCUUCCUGGAGGCCAUGAACGUGGGGUCCCCGGAGCAGGCGGUGGAGAUGUUGGGCGAGGCCCUGCCUUCAUCGAGGCCCUUCAUCGAGCGCGUGUACGACGUCUCCCAGAAACUCUAUGCCCAGCACUCCCUGCUGAACCUGCCCUAGGGCCUCGAAUCCCAUCACAGAGCCUUCUGGGUGCCCUAGACGGGGAGAGCACCACGGCCCACACAAGCUGGACUUGUGGGAGCCCCAGGCUGCAGCAGAGUGGGCAGGAGGCUGGCCGUCCUGGGGUCCGGGGUGCCCCACCCUGGCCGCACGCCCGUGAAACGCUUUGGGGUCACAGGUCCCUGGGGCUGGGGACCCCACCCCUCCUGUGGCCAGCACACCCAUCCCCGUCCCUGUCCCAGCUGCACAGGGACGCGGUGUCGGUGCCCGGCUGGCAGCCCCAGGGACCCGGUGUCCUUGGCACUGGCUCUCCCGGGAGGUCCCGGGAAGGGGCUUCCGCAGCCCCUGAGCCGCCUCAGGGCCCUGGCUCACAGGCACAGCAGGGCUGUCGCGGGGGAAUCCUGGCAGCCCCACCAGUCUGCACAGCACUGUCAGGCCACACCGGGCCGCCCGCCCCUGCCCAGCAGGAUGCCACAUUCCUUCUGCCAUGGCCGGUAGACAGAGCCGGACCCCUGCCUGGCUGACUCUCGGGUGGCCACACCCAGCCCAGCCAUCCCCCUGCACUCAGGGCCUGUCCUCUUGCCUCUCAACCCCCUGGCUCUGCAGGGUGGACCCCAGAGAGACCCCUGGGAACACCACCCACAGCGUGGCACAUGUGCGGAACGCAAGCGUCUGGGGCACGCGGGUCUCUUGGAGACUGAUAGUGUGAUGUUUCUCCAGCGAAAAUAAACUGCACUUACGGGACUGGGCGUGGCGAUCCAGCAUGGGGGCCCUGGGUAGACCAGGUGCUCGGUGUCCUGAUUACCCACGGGGAGGGACACGGCAGGGGGCAGAAGGAG